CAGGAAACCACAAUUCCCAGAAUGCACUUGACGUUAACUGUGGAAAGGGGGAAGGGAAACUGAGAUUGGAGGGAGAGAAACUGAGAUAUCCAUGACAACCAGUUUGACAUACCAUGUCAUGAGUGCCCCCUAUUGGUUGGGUCUUGUCAAGGAGAAGGCACACUUCACCAAGACUCACCCCACCUUGGUUUGAGCAUUGUUAUAUUGUGGAUGUGAGGUGCCAACACUGAGUGUCAAAGCAAUGAAGCAGCUGGGAAAGAGAGAGGCCACCCUAGAUCAGCAGUGUCCAUACCCAGCUCUACAGCCCCUCUAAUGGGGCAGGAUGCAAAGCAAAAUGUAUUCAAUGAGAUCUACCUGUUGACUACUCUGGACCGAGAGAGCGAGAGGAAGGAAGGGGACGUUUGACAAGUAGCAUUUGUGGAAAGAGACACAGCAGACAUGGGGGUCUUCCCAAUACCUCUUCUGACUGCCUCAUUCUGGGGGGAAAGGCUUUAAAGGGUAGAACAGGGAUUACAUAGUCACACACAGACACACACACUCAUGCCAUGGAAGGGGACAGUGGUGUCACAGCACACACAGAGGGUCUGAAUGGUGUGUUCCAUCAUGAAUGUAAAGAGACAGAGGAGCUAACCAAUGGCCACUCCAACCACAAACCUGUGAUGAAUGGACUGAUGCCAGGUCAUAGUGUGAAAGAGCACGGCAACGGUAGUUCAGUGCUCAAAUCUCUGCCAAUUUCAGCUCUGAAGCAGAAUGGCAUUCUGCAGUCCCUGGCAGCAGGAGGAAAGCAACCCAAGACAGAAAGGGAGAGUGCGGAUGUGGAGCAGGCUAGAGAGGAGUGGGAGGCUCUAGAGAGUAUCCAACCAGUGGUCAGUGAGGAGUCCAGUCCCACCCCUCUCAUCUCCUUUAACGAGGCGCUGCAGCACUUCCAGACUACAGACCUUGGAGAGCUGCUGAAGAAGAUCCAGCCCACCAUUCGCAGGACGGGUCUUGCCACUUUCACACACUUCCUGUUCGGCCCGCCGCGACUUCAGCGGGAACUACUGGAGGAGAGAGACCUGGUCUUUGCCAUCGCACAGUGUUCUCUGGAUAACAGUCAGGCUGUACAUCUGCGUGUUCUACAGACCAUCUAUAAGAGGCUGACAGGCAGUAAGCUGGACUCUCCUCGGUUCGGGACACACUGGGAGAAUGUGGGCUUUCAGGGUACGGACCCAGCCACAGACCUGCGUGGUACAGGUUUCCUGGGGCUGAUGCAUGCCUUGUACCUGGUAAUGGACCCUGAGACGCUGCCUUUAGCCAGAGACAUCUUCAAGCUGUCCCAGCACCCCACACAGAACUUUCCUUUCUGUGUGAUGUCCAUCAAUAUGACCUGUAUCGCCCUGCAUGCACUCAGAGAAGAGGCCCUCUCCAAGGAGUGUAACCGUCGACAGCAGGUAGUGGGGGUGUUGAAUGAGUUCUACGUUGCCACGUUCCUUUACCUCUACCAGCUGUGGAAGAGCCAGCAGAAGACCAUCUCUGACUCCGGCUUCGUCCUGAAAGAAGUGGAGCUGUUUGCCAAAAAGAACCCCAAGCAGAUGCUGCGUCGACUGGACGUCUUCUUGAGAGAGAGGAGGUACCCGGACCCCACGGCCCAGCGACCCUCACCCUGCCCGGGGGGGGGAGGGGCCAGGUCUGAGGGAACCAGGGGCAAGGAGAUGCACUUCACUGGAGUGUGUGAGCUACCACUAAACAUGGAGGGAGAGGCCAGGCUCAUCUGACACACAGAGAGUCUGUGUGUACGGCUCGACUAGUCUGAGCUAGAAAGAGGGUGUGUUUGUGUCAGUUGUGUGUGUAGGGACCCCACCAAGCUUUGACCCACUCCCUGCGGUCCUUUCCCAUUGAUGCUGUAAAACUGCUGUCAGAACAGUUUGUAUGGAGUCACUGACUCCUCUCCCAACAGAAGUACUUGUCGGUGUGGUAUGGGACUGAUGGAUGAAUAGAAGAUGUCAUUAAACAGAGAGAGAGAGAAUGAAAGGUGAGCGUUUCAAGGACUGGUGUGGGUGCAGGCUUUGCUUCAGACAAGAAGUAGCACACCUGAUUCUACUAAUCAUCCAAUCAUAGUUGGUUUAUUGAGGCCAAAUCAGAAGCUUCCAAACCCCAGAGCUUCUAUCUGUCUGCAGCCCUAGUAGAGUUUUGGAAGGGUGUAGGGUCAUUGACUACCUUCUACUGUCAGCAGAACUGUGUGCGUGCACUAGGUAUGGAGAUUAAGGUGUGUGUUGGCUAUAGUUGGAACAGUGAGGCCUGUGUUUCUGUAUGUUGUCAGGUCGAUAUGUGUGUGUCUGGGUUCGGAUGGUUCUUGUCCCAGUGCAGUUUAAAUAGGUGUGUGUGUGUCUGGGCUCGGAUGGUUCCUGUCUGUCCCAGUGCAAGUUAAAUAGGCUGAUGUGCAUGUGUCUGGGCUCGGAUGGUUCCUGUCUGUCCCAGUGCAGGUUAAAUAGGCUGAUGUGCGUGUGUCUGGGCUCGGAUGGUUCCUGUCUGUCCCAGUGCAGGUUAAAUAGACUGAUGUGUGUGUGUCUGGGCUCGGAUGGUUCCUGUCUGUCCCAGUGCAGGUUAAAUAGGCUGAUGUGUGUGUGUCUGGGCUCGAAUGGUUCCUGUCUGUCCCAGUGCAGGUUAAAUAGGCUGAUGUGUGUGUGUCUGGGCUCGGAUGGUUCCUGUCUGUCCCAGUGCAGGUUAAAUAGGCUGAUGUGUGUGUGUCUGGGCUCGGAUGGUUCCUGUCUGUCCCAGUGCAGGUUAAAUAGGCUGAUGUGUGUGUGUCUGGGCUCGGAUGGUUCCUGUCUGUCCCAGUGCAGGUUAAAUAGGCUGAUGUGUGUGUGUCUGGGCUCGGAUGGUUCCUGUCUGUCCCAGUGCAGGUUAAAUAGGCUGAUGUGUGUGUGUCUGGGCUCGGAUGGUUCCUGUCUGUCCCAGUGCAGGUUAAAUAGGCCCAGAGCCCCUAGUUGUUUGGGGGAUAUAUUUUUUAAUAAUUGAAAAACUAUUUUAGUCCUUUCCUAAGGGAUAGAUGCCAUAACAAUAAAUGAUAUAUUAUAUUAUGGAUAUAGCACUUGAUGAUAGUGGCAGAAUGAUAGGGACAUCUUCUGCUAAGAAACUCAGGAAGACUGUUCAAAUGAUUCCCUGUUCCCUGUAUAGAGUUCUACUGUUGACCAUCUUCCCUGUAGUGAAUAGGGCUUUACUUAGUGAAUAGGGUUCUACUGUUGACCAUCUUCCCUGUAGUGAAUAGGGCUUUACUUAGUGAAUAGGGUUCUACUGUUGACCAUCUUCCCUGUAGUGAAUAGGGCUUUACUUAGUGAAUAGGGUUCUACUGUUGACCAUCUUCCCUGUAGUGAAUAGGGCUUUACUUAGUGAAUAGGGUUCUACUGUUGACCAUCUUCCCUGUAGUGAAUAGGGUUUUACUUAGUGAAUAGGGUUUUACUUAGUGAAUAGGGUUUAACGUAGUUUAUAGGGUUUAACGUAGUUUAUAGGGUUUAACGUAGUUUAUAGGGUUUAACGUAGUUUAUAGGGUUUAACGUAGUUUAUAGGGUUUUACGUAGUGAAUAGGGUUUAACGUAGUUUAUAGGGUUUUACGUAGUUUAUAGGGUUUUACGUAGUGAAUAGGGUUCUACUGUUGACCAUCUUCCCUGUAGUGAAUAGGGCUUUACUUAGUGAAUAAGGUUCUACUGUUGACCAUCUUCCCUGUAGUGAAUAGGGCUUUACGUAGUGAAUAGGGUUCUACUGUUGACCAUCUUCCCUGUAGUGAAUAGGGUUUUACUUAGUGAAUAGGGUUUUACUUAGUGAAUAGGGUUUAACGUAGUUUAUAGGGUUUUACGUAGUGAAUAGGGUUUUACGUAGUGAAUAGGGUUUUACGUAGUUUAUAGGGUUUUACGUAGUGAAUAGGGUUUCACGUAGUGAAUAGGGUUUUACUUAGUGAAUGGGGUUUAACGUAGUUUAUAGGGUUUUACGUAGUGAAUAGGGUUUCACGUAGUGAAUAGGGUUUUACGUAGUGAAUAGGGUUUUACGUAGUGAAUAGGGUUUUACGUAGUGAAUAGGAUUUCACGUAGUGAAUAGGGGUUUCACGUAGUGAAUAGGGGUUUCACGUAGUGAAUAGGGGUUUCACGUAGUGAAUAGGGGUUUCACGUAGUAAAUAGGGGUUUCACGUAGUGAAUAGGGGUUUUACGUAGUGAAUAGGGAUUUCACGUAGUGAAUAGGGGUUUCACGUAGUGAAUAGGGUUUCAUUUGAGAUGAGCAUUUAAACUGGUCAGUCAAGCCAACAGGUAUUGGCUGGUUUAGUCUGUCCAGUGAUAGAAGUCGUCUGGGAGGUUUUCUACAUGCAUUCCGUUACAGAGCAUCCAACUGGAGUUGAUUGACCAGUGCCAGAGUAAUGUCAGUCGUGUGUGUUAUCUGACUCGAUCGAUGGUGCACACAAAUUACACACGUGCCUAACUAAAGGUUAGUGUCCAGAGAUGAUCUUUUUCUAAAUGAUGAAUUGAUAGUGAUGAUAACAGUGAAAGGUGUGUCUCUAUGAAGGUGCAAAGUAAGCAAUCCCAACUCUGUCAGAGAUCACAAUAAUACUGGUGUUUGUGUGUGUGUGAUGGUGCAGUAUGACAGGGGAGCGUACCUCUGCAGUCACAAUCAGUAGCAUGUUCAGGUAGCACCGGUACUGUAGCUUCCUUGUUGUUUUACCUUCCUUGUAAAGCUUGUUUCUCUUGGUCAUGUGGUCUGAUUUACAGUCUUUAGCGUCGGUGCUGUUACUACAGUACAUUCACAACAUCCCCUCUACAACAGACAUGUAGUUAGUAGAGCUACUCAGUGGAUCCAUGUUUUGUGAGGUACUUGUAGAUCUUCAGUAGCCGGUUCUUAAAUAUGAUCUUUGUCUUCUGGGAUGAAAGCAGAACAAGCAGGAGGAUCCUCUCUCUAAGAGCAGAUCAUCAGGUUGGAUGUAUCACUGGGUCAGGGGUUAAAGUGUACACAUCUAGAAACAUGAUAUAAACAUCUAUAGGUGUGGACAUGAUCAGCUACAAUAUGUAGCUUAUCUUGUCUUAUUGGGUUAUUUACAAGCACAUCACUAUCCACAUAUACCCCCCAUUUUCAAAAAAGGAAUACGUGCUGGUUUUUUUUUGCCAAGUGUAAGUAUUUUUGUUAGUCAGCUAAAUGUGCACUCUUCUAGAAUGCUGGAGGUGUGUACAGUGUGAGUGUUGCUAGGUGACUAUUAGGCUUUGUCUGUGUUGUAUUUUUAACCGACCUCGAAAGAACAGGGCCUCUAUCUCUGCAGCUAUAAUCUCAUCAUAGCCCUUGUUAAUCUGAAACAUUUACUAAAGUAAUGUAAUUUAACUGAACCUGUAUUUCAGAUUGGGAAGAUACACCAAGUUAUUUUAUUUUAGCAGAAGUGCUUGUUCCAGUUUAGUGUGUGAAUCAUGAAGUACAAAAGGUGAUUGUUACUGUGUGAUUGUUAGUAGGGUAUUCUAUUGAAAUCAGUCAGAUUUGUUUAGAAAUAAAGCAAUUUUUACAUCAGCAGAUGUCACAAAGUGCUAUACAGAAUCCCAGCCUAAAACCCCAAACGGCAAGUAAUGUAGAUGUAGAAGCACAGUGGCUAGGAAAAACUCCCAAAAAAGGCAGGAACCUAGGA